CACACUGGAGAGAGAGAGAGAGAGAGAGAGAGAGAGAGAGAGAGAGAGAGAGAGAGAGAGAGAGAGAGAGAGAGAGAGAGGAGGUGAGUGAUGUGGUAUGUUGAGAAUUUUCGGCUUGAAUACGGAGAGUUGUGCCCGUCACGGUACCACUGCAGUCCCUCCUCGGCGUUGAAUUGAGUAGAAACGACAGUGCUGCUGCUUCACUGGGGCCCUCGUGAUUGGAUGAAUAGAGAACUUUUGAGAACCAGUAUGGACCCGCUCCAUCCUGGAGUUACCCACAACCCAUAGUUCUUUGAUCUGCAGCUGUGUCCACCGAACCCUAAACCGUGACCUGCACUGGUCUGUAACUGACCUCCCGUCAGGUGAUCCAUUUUGUGCCACAAUGAUGUCAGUAGACGUAACCAAUCAUAACGGCCCAGCUGCCACACCUCCCACCUCACUCAGCCUCCGCUCCUCACACAACCAGCUACUCAGCAGUGAUGUCAUCAAACAGGACGCUGGCACGCCUCCCAAGUGUCGCAAAAAGUAUGCACUCACCAGUAUCCAGGCUGCCAUGGGCCUCGGUGAAGCGACGCCAUCGUCAUCAUCCCCAUCAUCAUCCCCAACUUCAACUCCUAAUAAUCCUAAACUAGCCAAGAAUGGAGUCAACCAGCUUCGCAAGGCUGGUCACGAUCACAACAAAAACACAACCGGUCCUGACCUGACAGACUCGGAGUGUAAUUUAGAUACCACAGCAGAUGACCCCAAUGUCAACACAGCUGAGGAGCAUGACAGUCACACUCUUACCAACAACGACCGAGAGGGUGAUAUGAGUAAAUUGGAUGUUGAACUGAAUCCAGACACAAGCAGUGACACUGAGCCCGAGCAGAAAACUGAAUCUGACAUAGACUGUGACAUUAUCACAACUGUGGAACUCAAACUGAACGGAAACACAACAGAUUCAGGCUUAGACUUGAACAUCGAUGCAGAGGAGAACGAUGACAUCAGCAUUCUGUCAGAGAAGGAAAUCAUGUCAAGGAUGAAGAUUGAGGAAGAUGGAGAUGAAGUGGUGGUUGAGGAGCAGCAGGAGGGGGAGGAGGAGAAGAAGCCUCUACUGAUGAUAAGAAGUGAGUCUCCUGUGAAGAACCUCAAAGUUUCAUCAGGUCUGGAGCUCAUCUCUGACCUCCACUCCAACUUAAAGCUCCUCAAAUCAGGCAAGGACUCUCCUGUGCCUCCUCCCCCCUCCCCUCCUAAGCAGGCCAGCCCUGAGGACACGCCGCUGCUUUCUGUGGCUUCCUGUUCCUCCUCUUCCUCCUCUUCCCCUGAGACCAAGAAGGACAGAAGGACUGGCGCAAAGACAGACUGUGCUCUGAACCGCAUCCAGAAUCUGAACCCAAGUGACGAGGAGUUGAGUUGGACCACGCUGUCCCAGGAGAGCAAUUCCCCAGAGGAGACAGAUAUCUGGAGUGAACAGUCGUUCCAGACAGACCCUAACCUGCCUCCAGGAUGGAAGAAGAUCACAGACAUGGCCGGUAUCUACUACUGGCACAUUCCUACAGGCACCACCCAGUGGGAGAGGCCUGCGACCCGCCCAACACCCCCCGGACAGCAGGAGACCCAGACCCUGGAUGACCACACAGCCUCCACACCACGAAAACACUCCCUGGGCUCCCUCAGCCCCUCACCCACUCCUGACCAUGAGUCGUGCCAGGCAGAGAUCUUCUACAGGGUAUCAACUCGUUCAGGCAGCACAACGUCUGACAGCUCAGUGGAGCCUCUUCCUUCUCACGAGCCCACCCUCACCACAUGUGGAUUCGUCAACAGCUGCUACUUUCCUCGUUCCACAUCUCUACAGGGGAUGCCUGAUCAGGACUGUCACUCUCAGCAUCAGGAGGAUGAGGACAAGAAACAGGUGUGGAGUGAUUUUGGCGGAAAGAUUGAUAGUGAAGUGUGGAAGGACCUGCAGGCGGCUACCGUGAACCCUGACCCCAGCCUGAAGGAGUUUGAGGGUGCUACGCUCCGCUAUGCAUCACUCAAGCUAAGGAACCGUCCAGCUGUGGAAGAAGAGGAGUCGAGCUGCGUUAACAAUGACCCAGAGGCAAAAUGUUUUGCAGUGCGCUCCCUGGGUUGGGUGGAGAUGGCUGAGGAGGACUUGGCUCCUGGAAAGAGCAGUGUCGCUGUAAACAACUGCAUCCGUCAGCUGUCCUACUGCAAGAAUGACAUCCGAGACACUGUCGGCAUCUGGGGAGAGGGGAAGGACAUGUACCUGCUGCUGGAGAACAAUAUGUUAAACCUGGUUGACCCCAUGGACCGCAGUGUGCUUCACUCUCAGCCAAUCGCGAGCAUCCGAGUGUGGGGCGUCGGCCGGGACAAUGGCAGGGAUUUCGCAUAUGUUGCACGGGACAAAAACACCAGGAUCCUGAAAUGUCAUGUGUUCCGCUGUGACACACCAGCAAAAGCCAUCGCCACCAGCCUGCAUGAGAUCUGCUCCCGGAUAAUGACUGAGAGAAAGAAUGCCAAAGCGAUGGCAGGAGGCUCUCUGCAGGACAGGAUGCAGGCAGGACUGGAUCUCCCAUUACAAGAGUUCCCCACACCAAAGACUGAGCUGGUGCAGAAGUUCCAAGUGCUCUACCUUGGGAUGCUGUCUGUGGUCAGACCAAUAGGUAUGGACAUCCUGAAUGGAGCUAUAGACACUUUAGUUAAUUCUUCCAACAGAGAGGACUGGACUCCUGUUGCCCUCAAUGUGGCAGAUGCUACUGUCACCAUCAGCAAAGAAAAGGACGAAGAGGAAGUGCUGGUGGAGUGCCGUGUUCGUUUCCUGUCUUUCAUGGGAGUCGGGCGAGACAUUCAUACGUUUGCCUUCAUCAUGGACGCUGGCGGACAUCGCUUUGACUGUCACAUCUUGUGGUGUGAUCCCAACGCUGGGAGUGUGUCGGAGGCUGUUCAGGCAGCUUGCAUGCUGCGGUACCAGAAGUGUUUGGUGGCUCGACCCCCCUCCCAGAAAGCCUGCGGCUCAUCUCCCCCUGGCGACUCUGUGUCCCGUCGGGUCUCCACCAGUGUAAAGAGAGGCGUCCUGUCGCUCAUCGACACCCUCAAACAGAAGAGACCUGUCACUGAGUUGCCGCAGUAACCGUGGUUGAACAAACUGACUCCCUGCCACAACCCCUUGUCACCAUGGUAACCAGUCAUAUCUCUGCCAAAACCUGUCACCACCAUGGAAACAGCAAAGCCCCAGGGUUUCAGAAACCCCUUUACUGUUCUUUCGCUUCCUUUGGUUACAAUUUGAGUUUUACUUUAAGUAUUGAGGAGCUCCUGAAACUCGAAUCUGCUUCCUUUGAAAACAAGUGGGAUGAAGAAUGACUGUGAUACUACGUCAAGAAGGAAAACCACAGAGAAGCACCUGAACAAGGAUUGUGAAGGUGACCGUGUACAUAGCAGUAACAGGGGUGAGGACGACAAAGUAAAAACUGAAGAUGUAGAAAGUUCUUCUUCUUCAAGCUGGGCACGUGUGACGCCCAAACCGCUGAUCUCUUCAUGCUCUCAUCGUAUUUGUGUCUGUGCUGCCAGCAUGACCUUACACACCUGGCCACAACCCCAUCAUUCACCUGGUUGACGUGAUAGUCUGUAGAAUCGACUGUACAGAAAGAUGGACGACAUGUUUACAGCUCCUUACUGAUCCUGUUGUAUAAAACUGAAACCAGAAUACUCCCCCUGACAGGCCCUGACAUCUAGCACUGGUGAUGACGUGUGAAGCCAGCAGCAGUAGGGAUCAGCUAGUGGAGCCAAGGUAUCAUUGUCCUGCCUUUAUUGCCACCCAGAAAACACAUUUAACUUACAGAUGAGACAGUAAAAACUCACUCAGUUGGCACAGCUUGAAAGGUCUUUGUGUUGGUCUGAUGUAGGUAUUCACUUUUGUGGAAGCUGAAUGACUCUUUUGUUAGUGUUGUUCUCUUGCAGUUCUUCAGCUACACUGCUCAUCUGGUUCACAGAGCAAAAUGUUAAGAUGUGUGUUCCAAAUAUGGAAAAGGCAGGCUUCAUUACCUAUACUCCAGCCAGUCAAUAAAGGGAGCUCCAAAUAUUCUGGCUUCACUUUUAGGGAGCUGUUGUGUCGUCCAGCUUUCUGUACAGUGUGUAGUCUGUAGUGGCUGCCUUGUCUCCCUUUGUCCCUCUUUCUCAUAACCUUCAGUAGACUUUCAUGUAACAUAAAUAGAAGGUGGGAAAAAUGAAGCCAUCAUUUCUGAAAUGUAGUAUGUAAUAGAGAAAAGAAGGAAGCUGCUACAGACUCAAUAGAUUUGACCGUCGGUCCACACUCUCUCAGUCUAACCUGUCUAACUUAUCCUGCAUGAACUUUUUCUAAAAAACCUUUAGAGAUAUCAACAAUCCGCUGCUGCUUUCAGAGACUGACGGGAUGAGAAAUCAAAGCCACGCUGUCUUUUUCUUCUUUUGUUUCUUUUGUUUUUUCAAUUGUGCAAGACACAGCCUGGAAGGUCUGAACGAGUGGUGACCUUUCACCAGAAUACAUCGCUCCUAUUCUUGCAGUGUUGUUCUUUCUUUCACCUUGGAAGAUAACAGACAAUAGCCAUAACGGAGGGAAGAGAUGCAGUAAUGGAAAGAGUUUUGCUCCUACCUGCUAUAAAGAUUAUGUGACUGCUGCUCCACAGACAGGAGACAUCAGCAUGCUGCUGCUGCUGCUGUUUAGUACACAUGCUGGAGGAAAUUUGACAUUUCAUUCCUUUAGAUCCCACCUCACCAGAGACUUUAUAAGAGGAUUGGAAACAGGAAAGGCUCGAGGAAUCAUGCAAUGAAGACGACUGGAGGAAUGUGUUUGUGUUUCUGGGUGUGGUGGCGCUGGUUUUGACCACAGCUGGGCUGAACUUUAAGGAGGUGAGAGGUGGAGAGACAGGUUCACCUCCAGCCUCAGUUGUUUUUCCAGAGGAAAGCCAACACAGAGACAUGUUGACUCAAUCAAACAGGACGAUCCUGGGCUGUUAUCUGUCUCCAGGGUUCUGUUCACUUGAAUGCGCCUUCACCGUGUUUUCAUUGCCUACUUCCUUUUUGUAUGACUGUUUUCAUCAGUGCCACAAGAUCACUCGCUUUUGUCUGUUCCUGUUUGUAUCACAUGAAUCUCAAUUCAGCACUGCUAGCUUCUAUUAUCACAUAUCUAAUGAAGUCCUUUAAAAUUAUCUCUACAUUACAGCAGAUUACUGCUGAACCUCUCUGGUGAGCCGUUUGCUAGAUCCCUCCAUCCCAGUUAAAGAACUGUAAGCAGACGUUGCUGCCCUGUCAAGCUGUUAAUUGGCUCCAAGUGUUUUAUCCUGUGACUGUAGGAAGUCCAGUUAUCAGUGUGUGAAAAGUUAAGAGGAUUUGGUUUUUUUUUGCUGUCGUUCUAAAACUAACAGAAAGGACAUAAUGUACCUUGUGGGUUUUUCUGAAACAUGGCAUGUCAAGCUAACUGGCUACCUUUUUUGAUAGCAUAUCAUAGUAAAAGGUAAUAUUAACAGCACUGUCCUUUUACAGGUUUUGGGAAAGUUUGAGCACAACAUCCCCAGCCAAGCAUUAUGAUCUUCACAUUGGCUGCCUAAAAAGCCAAAAGACACCAACUCUUUCAAAUAUCAACAAUAAUCACCAACACUUGAAGAGGCCAACUUAUUGAUGGUGCAUGUGAAGUCUUAGUCUGCCAAAAUGAUAGCAAGACUAGCUGUGCAAGAUGCUGCCUUUGUAUAAGAAGAGUCAGCCAGAAACUGUCACUUUCUGUAGCGAACAUUAGCUGAAACAGCUAGCUAGCAAGCUAAUAAUACCUGCUUGACUGAGAGUCUGCUUUGUUUACUUCUGCAUGAGAUUAAAAAAAACUACUUGAAUAGCUACAAAUUUCAAGCUGUAAAUCUGCUGCUGUUUGUAAAAUACCCUAGUGCUGUGUGAGAAGGUUGAAGGUGAGAAUCUGACAGGUGCAGCAACAGUUGCCAAAGUGGGCGGAGCUUAGCAAACUGAAACAUGGAUAUGUUUUUACAAUUUUCCGGAUAAAUGUCUCAAUGUCCGUUGUUUGAUCGCCACAGGUAGCCAGAAAGGUUUCAGGAAGUAUAAGUGUUAUUGAGAUUUAGAUGAGGAACAGAAGCCACAUCACCUUCUUUUGUCACAAUGAAAUGUGAAUGAAAACAACAUUUGUGUGUACAUAUUAUCCAUAUUAAUGUAACAUUUGGCAUUAAUCAUCGUUAUAAGCUAUGUUGUUUUUUUCCCAUUUUGAAUGUCUGUAGUUUUCCAUUAUUUUCUUGUAAGAAAUGCCUUUUUUUAAAAACACACCAAAUGGCCAAAGUGUAAAAUAGUGAUAUACAUUGUUGUAGAUAUGAAAAAUGCAAGAGCAAAUAAUGAAAAGAGAAGUGAUUGGAAAAUUCUCACAGUUGUCAAUUUAGUUGAUGCUGAAUCUAACUGAGCAAUUAUCUAUGCAUUCUUUUGAUCUCCAGAGAUGAAAGUCGUGAAAGUCCUUGCAUGCCCAUGGAUGGUUGAAAGAUCGACUGUAUGUACUGAACAGAAAUAUUUUUUAUUUUAUUUAUUCUAUUUUAUAAAGGUAUAUACUGAUUUUAUUAGUUGGGGCGAGUAAAGUCUCUGGACUUGGUGUCAUUGUCUCAGCCUCUGGUUAACUCACGAUGCUACAACACGCUCCGCUUCGCAGAAACAGUCAGAAAAAGGAACUAUAUCUUCACCCUGUACAGUGCACUAAGAGCUCAGAGUCCACUGCUGGUUCAGGAGGGAUGAGGAAGAAGAAGAUGAUGAUGAUGUAACAGCAGUGGACUCCCAGCAUAUCUGUCAAUCUAACACUCUUAAACGAAACACACACACACAUUUCCCACAGGUGGAUGUGUUGGCUUCCGUUUGCUGCUCACUGAUUUGUACACUUUAUCAAUGUAACCAGUUGUGAGAAUAAACAGCAUUAUAAUGUA